GUUGUGAUUCUACAUGUAUGAUCUGCACACAGAUUUUUUAAAAUCAAGCAUUUACAACUAAAAAUCGUACAAAUUACCACUUAAAACAAUGGCUAGCCGAACGUUUAUGCUGCUGGGUCAAGUGAUCCCGUGCGUGAAGCAGACCGCGUCGAAAAUCCGCGUCCGCCGAAUGGAGCUGGACACCAAUCUCAACAUGUACUUCAAAAAGGACGAGUUUUACUUCGUGCACGAUCCGAGCAAAAAGUGCAAAACCGGCGACAUCGUGCUGAUCCGGGAGUUGCCCCAGAAGCUGACCCGGCUGAUAACGCACUCGAUCGAGGAGAUCGUGUACCCGCUGGGCGACGUGACGGAUCCGAUCACGGGCAAGAAGGUUACCGUGGGCAAGUACCGCGAGGACAUUGAGGAAACGAACCGGCUGUUUGGCAAGUCGAGCGGGGCGUUCGACUACGAGAAGGCACCGCCGCGGGGCCGGCUCGAGGGCAGCCAGGAUUUCAGCCACCAGGAAACGUACAUCAAGUACCACGAGGACGGCAAGGAUCAACCGUUUGCGGUGUGAGGUUUGGGGGAGGUCAUCAUGCGAUGGUUGGAGAGAAAUGCUUGGGUUUUUGUUGUUUAUAAUUAGUAAUUACUGUACAAUAGAGAGAGUGCUUAAGGUGGUCCUUAGGCACACUAACGCGAA